AUGCCCAGUUAUGUGAAAUUCUUGAAGGAGAUUUUGUCAAAGAAGAGAAAAAUGAAGGACUAUGAAACUGUGGCGCUGAGAGAGGAGUGCAGUGCAAUCUUGCAAAGAAAGCUUCCUCAAAAGCUUAGGGACCCGGGAAGUUUCACUAUACCAUGCACUAUUGGGAAUUUUAAGCUUGGUUUGGGUGAAGCAAGGCCUACAACAGUGACAUUACAAUUGGCUAAUAGGUCAAUCAAGCAUCAUAGGGGGAUUAUUGAGGAUGUACUUGUAAAAGUGGACAAGUUUAUUUUUCUAGGUGAUUUUAUUGUGUUGGACAUAGAAGAGGAUGCUGAUGUCUCGAUCAUUCUUGGGAGACCAUUUUUAGCCAUGGGGCAAAAAUUGAUUGAUGUUCAAAAAGGUGAAUUAAGGCUUCGGGUUCAAGGUGAUGAAGUGGUCUUCAAUGUGUUUAAAGCAAUGUCAUACCAUAAAGCAAGCGAUAACUGUUUCUCCAUUGAUGUGAUUGAAAGGGUUGUUUCUGAGAAGAAUGGGAGCACUGAUGCUCUUGAGGUGGUGUUUAAACAGUAUGAAGAAGAUGACAGUGAUGAUGUUGAGGUCAUGGAUUAUGUGAAGUGGGUAAAUUCUUACGGGCCUUACUAG